AUGAAAACGAGAAUGUGUCACCGUGUCCUCUGCAUGCUGUCAUGCGUACUGCUGAAUAUCUCAUGCUUAUCAAGUGCUUCUUCUCUGCUAUCUCCUCCUACCUACUCCUCACGCCUCCAGGAGCUACAAGGUAAGAUUGCUCAAGAAAAGGAUAUCAUCCAAGAGCAUCAGCACUACAGAUCAGCCCAAGGGCGACAGAGAAGUGAAUCUCAUCGUUCCAGAGCACUGUUUCCUUCCUCUCGUGGACGACCUGCUCCGAGAAGUCAGCGAAGGACCCACGCGUCGGUGCGGUCUGCUUCUGAGCCCAACAAGGCCGCGAGUUCCCUCUCCCUUCUCGUCGACAACAUCCCGACUGCUACGGACCAGCUGGAGAGACUCGGCGACGAUCUCGCAAGCAUCACCUACAAUGGAAGGCAAUACGCUGCCUUAGAUGGAGCCCAAUAUCAAAUGGCGCAGACCAAUACAAUGGCAGACUGCCAGACCACGGCGAUGAGGCUGCCGCUGGGCUGGGCCAUCGCCCCUGAGGACUCAGACUCCAUAUCUGUCGUGAGCUACUACAGCUGGGGUACUCAGUACAUGGUGCUUGCAAGUGGCACAGCAUACCAAACAAACUGUUAUUGGUGUCCACACAGCAGCUCUGCUCUGCGUAGUGCAAAUGGAUUGUACUGGCCUGCAUCCUGCAACAUGAGAAUCCUGAUCGUGUACGCUGGCUGUCCUAAGGGAGAAUCCAGGAGGGGUUGCUCCACCUUGUUCCUUGACGGAGCUGAAACGCAAGAAGCGCUAGCACAUUUCUACGGGCCCCAGAGCACAUCUCUCCUCAACUUCUCCUUCCUGGCUCAUGAAAAACUCAACUGGACAACCAUUCUACCGCCGACAUCCGUCGAUGAUGACAGCUGGAAACUCCCAGAUCUCAACUUCUCCUUCUGCCUGCAAGGACGCGACUACGCAUCAUCGCUGUACGUCUCAUCGAAUGGAUACGUGACUUUCGGUGGGCCAUCCUCGCUCUCUUCGUCACUCUCAGCCUCCAGACCUCCCCUUCCGACUCUCUUUGUGGGGGGAGGGGAUGCAUCAGCCCAGUACAUCGUAGGAAGCCCGGUCGAGGAGAUGGAUGUUCAAGCUUAUGUGCUGAGAUUCGAAGGAACCUCGUCCACUAGGGGCGUCCCAGGGCAGCCGAAUCUCAUCUUCGAGGUCACUUUCUUUGCAAACAACUCUUUGCGGGUAGCUGUUGGCAAAAAGGUCGAACAGUUCUCAUCAUUGUACAUCAUGUCUGAUGGGAAAGGAUCAACGCUCGCCAGCUUCAACAUGCCGGCGACCCAGUCACGACUUCUUGUUUCAAACGCUCCUUCUCCAGAAUCGCUGAUCAACAUUCCAUGUCAAGUCUGCAACAACUCUAUCCCUGCAAACUCCUCCUACUCUCCAUUUUAUGGAGGGUCCACCGUCGCAUGCGCUUGGAUCUGUCAGCCAGGAUUUUACAAGCAAAGUGACGCCUGCGUGCAGUGUGAUGGGAGUCCGAAUCACGCUAGCUAUGUGAACGAUCAAUGCGGAUGGGUCUGCAAUGUCGGAUUCUACAAAUCUGGGAGCAGCUGCUUGCCUUGUACAAGCAGGUCAGGAGACGCCAUCUACACAACAGGAGGGCUCAGAGAAGACGUUGACAGCUGUGCUUGGCAGACGGUCGUGCAGGAAGGAGGUUUCACGUACUCAACGCUAGGUGGGUACGGCCCCAACUCGCACUAUUCCUGGUUCUCGUGCGUGUCUGACUACCAACAGUAUCUGGGGCUGCCUGAUGGAUGGUCGAUUGCACCCGACAACGACAUCAGCGUUAGAGUGACAGCUGGGUAUGAGUGGGGGGCAGCCCGCCUCGUCGUUGCCAGUGGCUCCAGCUAUUUCACUCGCAGUGUUCUCUCCUAUGGCGACUCCUACAUGUACUACUUCAGCUACUACCCUGGAUCAUACUGGGGGGGCUCAUCUCUGUCCACAUACGAUGAUAUCCAUUACCGCUCGACAGACUGUGAAGCUCGAGUGCUUCUACUUGCUCCAGUCUGCGCAGCUGGGUACAAGCGGAGCUCGUCCACAGGCUCUGAACUAGCUUCGAACUCUUCGUCAUGCGUCCCUUGCACAAACAUGCUUCCAUCAGGAGCCCAGUACGUCUUGUCCCCUUAUCCGGAGCAGCCUGACAGCUGUGGAUGGAGCUGUGCAGAAGGUUACUACUCAACAGGCUCCACAUGCGCGCAAUGUACAAAGAAACCUGCAAACUCUGUGUAUGUUGGUUCAGGCGUCCCUGCAAAGGCAAUCAGCUGCCCAUGGGCAUGCCUGUCAGGAUACCUUGAGGUUGAUGGCCAGCGAUGCGAGCCAUGCAAGGCGUCACUUCCUGUCAACGCUCAUUGGGAGGGUCCAACUUGUUCAUGGGUUUGUGACUUUGGGUAUCGACAGGAUCCUGCAGGAGAUUGUGAGGACAUUACAGUCGAAAAUCUUGGCCAGCGAUACGCAAGCUUGGAUGGCAGGAGCCCCUACGACACCAGUGUAUGUGUUUGGCAGGCCGCUCGGGAGUUGCCAGCUGGCUGGAAGAUUGCCCCCAACACAGCUGAGAGCAUCGACGUUGCUACAACUUAUCUGUGGGGAGCAGACAGAGUCAUUCUUGAGGAUGGCACCGCUUGGUAUACCGUAUAUGGAGGCUUAUACACCUGGGGUGAGCUGUACAGCUUUGACGGCUUCUACAGAUCUCGCGACUAUUGCGGUACCAUCCUGCUGGUGCAAGAAUCUUGCCUUGCUGGGUAUUGGCGAGGUGGCAACAACUCUCAGUGCACGGCAUGUAGCAGUUACAAGCCAGCGCACACGAUCUACAACAGUAGUGGGCAUCCUUCAAACGAAGACAACUGUGGAUGGCGAUGUGAGGAUGGGUACUAUCUAUCCCUCGCAACCAAUUCGUGCACUCCUUGCUCUCUAGCUCCUGAGAAUGCCGUGUACACGCCAAGUGACGGCUACUCUUGUCCAUGGGUGUGUCAGGCAGGUUUUUACAUAGCAGGUGGCCAAUGCAAAGCAUGCCAGCUGAACUUGCCCGACUUCGCCUUCUUCGUGUCAAACGAUGGGGAUGAGCAGUUGUGCGAGUGGGCCUGCCGCUUUGGCUACAUGAAAAGAGGCGGAAGAUGCGUCGGAGUCGAGUUUCAAGGGAGAUACUACACCACACUAAGUGGUCGAGGGAAAGAUGACCCAUCGACUUGUAUCAACGAGCCCUACUUGUCGAUACCUCAAGGUUGGGAGCUGGCAUCCAACUCAGCACAUAGCCAGCAGGUGACGUGGAUGUACACGUGGGGAUCAUGCAGGCUGGUACUGUCAGAUGGCUCGAGAUGGUUCACUGCUUCGUCCUCCUGUGGAGCAUACUCUAGCCCAACCGUUUGUUGCUGGGGCUCCCUUUCUUUGUACAACAACAUGUAUAGGAGUAUUGAUUGCAACGAAGACCUCCUGCUCGUCUCCAUCCACUGCGCAGCUGGAUACGAGCGCAGCGGCACAAAUUGCAUCCCUUGCAGCAAUACUCUGCCAGCCCACGCGUCGUACGGGAUGGCCUUAGAGUCAGAAGAGGCUCUGUUGCUGACCUGUGGCUUCACGUGCGCUGCUGGCUUUAAGCGAUCGGGAGACCAAUGCCUUCCCUGUGACAACAAGCUUCAGCCCAACACAGAAUACGUCGAGCUGACAUACCAGAUAGGUGAGCAGUACGAAUGUCAGUCCGCGUGUAUGGCAGGCUACUUCCUGCAGGACGGUGCGUGCACAGCGUGUGGGGGAGGCAAGCCGGCGAGGUCACACUGGCUGAAUAACGGAAACCUUGAGACUAGGUGUGCGUGGGCAUGUGACUUCGGCUUCUACAGGGCGGGCGACGGAGAGUGUCAGCCGGCUGAGGUAGAGGGGCGGUACUUUGCCUCGCUCGACGGGUCGUCGCCCUACAGCCCGUCAUCGUGCUCGUGCUCGCACAACAUCCUGCAAGAGAUCCCGACGGGCUGGAUGAUAGCGCCGGACACGUCGAGCAGCCAGUUUGCGACAUGGCUGUACACAUGGGAGCCUUGCCACCUUGUAAUGUCAGACGGCACCAGCUGGUACAGCGGAUCGAACAACGGCAAUCCAUAUCCUCAACUGUGGACCAGCGGGCAGCUGGUCGCCUACAACGGCAUGUACAGGUCGCUGGACCAAUGCGGGUCAGUGUUGCUGGUGUCGGAGUACUGCGCGGCAGGCUACUACCUGAGGAACAACUCGACGUGCGUGAAUUGCUCGAACCCGAUCCCUAUCAACGCCCGCUAUGCGGUCCAGCUUGAUCCCAGUCGCUACGGUGACAGUGAGUGUGUGUGGGAGUGCGAGGUGGGGUAUGCUCGCCGUGAUGGAGGAUGCGAAGCGUGCAGGACGGCGCCGGAGCAUGCCGUGUACGUAGCGUACGGGCAACGAGGGACCAACGGGUCACGGUCGGAGUGCGGGUGGCAAUGCGAGGCAGGCUACUUCCUGCAGGACGGUGCGUGCAUAGCGUGUGGGGGAGGCAAGCCGGCGAGGUCACACUGGCUGGAGGAGGGGGCCAACGGGACUAGGUGUGCGUGGGCAUGUGACUUUGGGUUCAAAGCUCAGGCUACAAGGAGUCAAGAUGGCUCGUUUGCGAUGACAUGUGAAGGCUUGAUGUAUGGGAAUCGAUUCUAUGCUUCCCUGUACCAGCACAUGCCGGAGGAACAGUAUAAUUGCAACACCGCUGCUGGACUGUUCGUCCAAGUGCCAGCUGGUUGGAUGCUGGCGACCGACACUCAGGAUAGCAGGCAGGUGAUCGCAACGCAUCGAUGGGGGACCUGUUACAUGCAGCUAGCAGAUGGAUCCAUAUGGUACACUGAGAGUUGUUACUGCUGCAACAAUCCGCUUCUUUGGGGCAUUAUUUCCCUUGUGACCUUCAAGGGCAAAUAUCGUUCGUGGAGCUCAUGCUCCGAUCUUCUUCUAACCUCACUCUUCUGUGAACAAGGGUAUUACCUUUCAGGCACCGACUGCUUGCUGUGCUCAAAUACCAUCCCUGGCAACUCGACGUAUGCUCCAGCAACAGAGCCGAGUCAAUUUGCAGACGAAAACUGCCCCUGGGCAUGCAACGUAGGAUUCUACAUGAGCACAAAAUGGAUGGCUUGUUUCCCAUGUUCAAAUUCAAUCCCAGCAAACGCUUACUACACUACAGCUGGACUUUCAGAUCUGUCAGGCUCGUGUGAGUGGACAUGUUUCCCAGGUACCAACGGACCAGAUUGUGUGUACCCGGAAACGAUCCGCCACGAGGUCAGCUACAACGGCAAAGUUUACUCGACCCUUGACAACAUUGCGCCCGAGUCGCUGCAGAUCUCCUGCCAGAACAAUGGUGCACAGCCACAGGUCUCUUCAGCUGGUUGGACCCCACCCACAGGGAGCCAAGUGACAGGCAAGACAGAAAUCAUUACCAACUCAGUGUUCAACGAGACACAAGCUGGGCCCCAGCCCUCCUCAGGAACCUUGUUCAGUUCAGGACAGUACGUGCAGAAUCAAUACAUCCGGUUGACGCCUCUGCAGACUAGCUCCAAAGGAUACAUAUACUGGGAGGCAGUUGCUGGGAACAGCUGGAAGUGUACGUUUGAAUGGCGAGCUGGGCAGGGGAACGGAGCAGACUCAACUUGGUUCUUUGCUUACCAAGACCAGCUGCCUACCUGGGAGCCUCAGGUGUUUGGUGGGUACAACUUUGUGUGUGAUGAGUAUGAUAGUGGAGAUGGCACUUACGGGAACAGCGGAAGUAGCUUUCAAGUACACGGGCCCAUGAAUGGGCAGUCAAAUUCAAACCAAAUUCAGACCGAUGGAAACUUUGUAACUUUCACAGCCAACAAAGACUUUGUCAUGGAGGACUGGACUUGGAGAAAAGCAGAAAUACAAUUCAACAGCAUCAACUCGACCACCAAUCACAUAGUCAUGAUUGUUAACGGCAAGAAGUACAUCGAUAUCAUGCAUACCCCUCCCGAGGGCUCCAACGUUGACUUCCUCAAGCCCAAACUCAUGGGCUUUGCUGCCCGUACGGGAGCACUUUACGAUAAUCAUGAUGUGCGGAAUAUGCAGUUCAUCAAUUAUCUCGAUGUCCCAGCUGGAUGGGCUGUAGCCCCAGCUGACGAAGAUGCCAUCCGAGUAGUAGCCUCCUAUCCCUGGGGAUCGAACGGACUGCUCUUGGGGGAUGAAGUCGCCUACCAGACUGCUAUGAGCAGCGGCAACCAGGAGACUCCAGGCACGGAGCUUGUUAGAAGCAUGAUGUUGCCGAGCGGAGUUUCCUCCCUGUGGUCCUGCAGCAGCGGCCAGUACGCCAUCAGGAUGCUUCUAGUACGCCUCGAGUGCGAGACCGGCUACCAAGGGCAGGGGAGCGAGCUCUGCAUGCCUUGCUCUGGUAACCUGCCAGCCAAUGCCGUAGCCACCUCCAACGCCAGCGGAUGCUGGUGGAAGUGCCAAGUGGGAUUCUACGAGGCGUCCGACCGCUGCCUUCCCUGCAGCCUCCGAUACCCGAAGCCCGACAAUGCUGUACACGUACAGGGCAACUCGUCGGCAGAUCAGCCAUGCCAGUGGCGAUGCGGUGUAGGUCAGUCCCGCUACCAGAGCAGCUGCGUGCCUUGCACCAGCAAGCCGAAGUUUGCCUACUUUCUAGGACAGAGCGAGCUGGAGUGCUCCUGGAGAUGCCAGCCUGGCUACUACAGGUCACUCGAUCGCUGCCUUCCUUGCCCCGCCCUCUCGAUGCUGGCGACAAGCGCUCGCGUUCUCCCUGCCUCUGUCUUGUGCAACAUCAGCUCCUCCUGUCAGGAUGAGGCUGACAGCAUGAUGUACCAGUGCGGAGCAAUCUACGCAGUGACGACGGCAAGCGGCGGAGAGUACGCUGUGCUCAUCGAAAACUACACGUCUCCCUGGGAUCCUUACAGGGGUCCGAUCUCACAGCUGAAUAACAAGCUUCGAUGUGGUAUGCUCCAGCUCCCCGCCGGCUGGCAGGUCGCUCCUAACGACACCGACAGCAUGGAGGCGAUCAGAUCGUUCUCCUGGGGGCUGGAGGGACUAGUAGUGGCCAAUGGGACUGUCUUUUCAACGGCAAACUGGUGGGCAGGCGCUGGUCAGGUCCUGCAGCUUCAAGGCCUCACUAAGUCCAUUCGAACGGACGUCAACGCCUUCGCGCUCUCUCCCGGGCAGAGCUGCCAGUACAGGCGCAUCCUGCUGAAGCGGAUCGAGUGCUCUGCUGGCACGUACAUCUCCGGCUCGUCUUGUAGCGCGUGCUCGUCGCCGAGUUGCCGCAGCGGAGAGCAUGAGAUCCCAUGCGAAAGCUUCCAGGACAGCAUCUGCAGCACUGCCAUCAACCCAUGCAUAGGCAAGUGUCGCUGCCAGCUUUUCGCCGAAGCUGUUGGAUCUUUGUCGGACGGAUCAGGACCUGGGAGCUUGUAUGACGACGAGAGCAACUGCAGGUGGUUGAUUCAGCCACCUGGCGCAACCUCCAUUGCUCUCAACUUCACCUCCUUUGCGCUCGAGAACGGGUUUGACUUCGUAACGAUCAACCAGUGCUCGAGCCUCGCAGGGCCUUCCCUGGACUGCCAGGGCAAGGUAGAGUUGACCUCGUUGACCGGAAGUCACGAGCCAGGGAGUUUGUUCUUCACCUCCGACUUCGGCAUCAUCGAGAUCCUGUUCACGUCCGACAAGACGGUAGCGGAGCUGGGGUUCUCGAUGAGCUGGGAAGCGUACGCGAUAGGCGGUAUCUUGGCCGAGUAUUGGUUUGUGAACCCCAAGUACGUCCACUGCCAGAUGAAGCACACGUGGGACGAGAUUAUCGCAUCGCUAGCUGCACAAGAAGGCAACUACACCACAGGUGGACUUGGUGAUCUGGCGGUGAAGGGCAAGCUGGAGGUCUGGGUCUGCACAAACCUGGACGAGUGCAGCCCGUCCCAUGAUUUGUUUUGUUACAUCUAUGAUGAACAGAAGAAACUUUUCGCUCCCUGGGACUUGGACAGUGUGUUGAAGAUGAAGCGGUGA